CACCCAUCCCUUUUCCCUCCUCAGGCGCAGUUUAAAAUAUCACCUCAAGAAAAACCGUGUCGGAUCCGUCGCUUUAGCUCCGAGGGAAAUGGACUGAGAUGGCAAAGCGCCGCUAAUAGAUCCCAACAGUCUCAAGCCUCUCGCUUUUUAUCAGCAGAAUAAAGUUACACCACCAGUCGGACUGGCUACACGCUUCCCCGUCUUUUGUUUAAACUGGAUGCGGAUUAAUUGCGAUCGGGAAGAAAGUUAUUAAAGGUUCCAUCAAAUCCGAUGCUGGGGACUGAUGGACAGAACCCAUCCUCGGAGGAAAAACCACCCAAUGCAGAAUGAAGACCCUUCUCCUCGCGUAUGUUAAGAAGCUCCCUGGGUGUGCCAGCAUGGAUGGAGGUCGUGACCUUCUUCCACAAAGCUCCCAUCUCUCUGGCUUUGUACCCGGAGCCCAACUCCGAGUCUGAGCUGCAGAAAAGCUCUCGCCACUGGUGCAAUGAGCAGGACGGGCUGCAGAUACGGCCUUCUGGCUCCCACUCUGGAAGAGCACAGGAGGAAGCCGGUACUGUUGCAGGCGGACGAUAUCCCCACGGGCCUGAUCGCCGUGAUGGAGGUGAGGAGGGAACCUCAUCGAUGGUGGAGGUCCCUCGGCUACUUCCGGAAGGUGAAGCUCUACAGCUUGGUCUUUGGCCUGGCUCUGACCUUCCUGAUCAUGACUUCCUACGUCCUCUCGGGCGACAGGAAGAGACUCCUCCUGACGCCAUCUCCGUACCAUUUACCCAGCUUGGUGAGUCAGGGACCUUUUCCGUUUAACAUCACCACAUCUAAGGACUACGCCGGCAUCAAGCUCGUGGUGGAAUCCAUAACUUCCAAAGUGCACUUCAGUGCCAGACAGCUUCCAGACACGAAAGAUCUGAUGCAGAGUGAACCACACAUGUUUUCCGUCAUCCCCCGGAAAUUCCUGCCCGACGUUAAGAACCCCUGCUGGUAUGAGGAGCACCCUGGCAAUGUCACCUGGUACGGGAGCAACCUGUAUGCCCACUACUCCAGGCGCUUUCGCAUCGUUUUCGACUACCUGAGGCGUUCCUUCUGGGAACACCUGCAUCGCCACGGCGACAAGCACUACCGCAUGCGGUGUCUGCCAUACUUCUACAUCAUUGGGCAGCCGAAAUGCGGCACGACGGACCUGUACGACAGGCUGAGGCUGCACCCUGACGUCAGGUUCGCCACGCUCAAGGAGCCGCACUGGUGGACUAGGAAACGUUUCGGGAUCAUCCGGCUGAGCGAAGGAUUCCACGAACGCUACCCUGUCGAUGAUUACCUGGAUCUCUUCGACAUGGCCACGUACCAGAUCCACGACUACCUGCGGUGGAACCAGACCGGGGAUCCCGAUCAGCGCAAAAUCAUCAUAGGCGAGGCCAGCGCAUCCACCAUGUGGGACAAUAAUGCAUGGGUGUAUUUCUACGAGAAUGCCACAGAUGGAGAGCCCCCGUUCCUGGUCCAGGACUUUGUCCACGCUGUGCAGCCAGAUGCCCGGCUCAUUGUGAUGCUGAGGGACCCUGUGGAGAGGUUAUACUCCGACUAUUUGUACUUUGGCAUCGCCAACAAAUCGGUGGAGGAUUUCCACGAGAAGGUGUCGGAGUCCCUGCAGCUGUUCGAGGCCUGCCUGAUGGAGUUCUCCAUGCGUUCCUGCGUCUACAACACCACCCUAAACAACGCCAUGCCUGUCAGAUUACAAGUUGGACUGUAUAUAGUAUACAUACUCGACUGGCUGACAGUCUUCCACAAGGAUCAGAUUUUAGUUCUUCGACUGGAAGAUCACGCCUCGAACCGAAAAUAUACCAUGCACAAGGUCUUCGAUUUCCUCAGUCUGGGGCCGUUGACGGAGCAGCUGGAGGCAGAGAUCACCAGAAGCCCGGCAUCCAACACCAGGAGGCCUGCGGACAAGAGCCUGGGACCCAUGCUGCCCCUAACCAAGCAGAUCCUACAGGAGUUCUACUCGCCAUUCAACGAGAAGCUGGCCAAAGUGCUGCGCAAUGACUCAUUCCUGUGGGGAAGCGGCGAGAAGAUCGCGUGAAGGACCCCCACUCAGAUUACCGCCACGCGGGGCUUUUCUACGAGACUGCCAGCCCUGACAGGGCUCUUUCCAUUUUUAUUUAAAUUAUUAUAAAUUGUCAAGGAGAGAAUAUCUCAUACAGAAUGGCACAACUCAUAUUAAUCAGUCAUUAUGACCUUGUUUUAUAUGUUUAAAGGGAGCACUUUUCCAUUUUUUGUCCUGAAUUGUUUUUAACGGCUCUACAUUAAAGGAAAUAUUACAUAA